CUGACUCUGUUUGCAGCUCAAGCGAUGCUGACCUGGGAACCUGGGGUCCCUGUGUCCACCCUCCCGGGGAUCCUCCUUGGUCGGGGGCGGUGCCUCUGUCUCCAGGAUGGAGCUUUCUUUCCACCGGACACACGCGAAAGAUCAUGGGGAACUUAAGGGGCUCCUCCUCAUCAUAUUCUUCUUCCACCUCUUCACCUCCCCCCAAGGCUGGCGAGUUACAAUGGUGGGAAAAGUUGCUAGAGAAAAGCCGUCUGGGACUCCAGGGCUCCCCUCUGGCAGUUGCAAGCAGAUGGAAUGGAAAAAAAAAAAAGGGUUCCCAUCCUGGAUCCCAGCCUCAUUCUCUCUUGAGAGGGCCUGGUCAACUCUGGACUCGUCUGAAGAUGUCUCACCCUGACCAGCCACAGCUGUGACCUGCUUGUCCUACCUCAUCCUCCCCAUGCCCCAGGAAAGCACCCGAGUUUGUCGUUCCGUGGGAGAGAAGCCAAAACCUCCAGGCUGCCCGAUGAGCCAGGUCACAGGAUCUCUCCUUGAGGAGACGACUCGGAAGUGGGCUCAGUACAGGGAGAAGUGCAGGAGAGACUUACUCAAGAAGCCAUCUGGCAUAUUCUGUAAUGGGACGUUUGAUAUGUACGUGUGUUGGCCUCAUUCUUCUCCCGGGAAUGUCUCUGUUCCCUGCCCUUCCUACUUGCCUUGGUGGAAUGAAGAGAGUCCAAGAAGGGCCUACAGACACUGCUUGGCCCAGGGCACUUGGCGGACGCGAGAGAACACCACAAAUGUUUGGCAGGAUGAUUCCGAAUGCUCCGAGGACCACAGAUUCAACCAAACCGAGGGACAUCGUGACUGGCUGUCAAUCCUGAGGGUGAUGUACACCGUGGGAUACUCCCUGUCUCUUACCUCCCUCUUCCUGGCUCUCACCAUCUUCUUGUUUCUCAGGAAACUCCACUGCACACGCAACUACAUCCACAUGAACCUGUUCGCUUCUUUCAUCCUGAGAGCCCUGGUCGUUCUGGUGAAGGACGUCGUCUGGGACAACUCUCGCCCCACAAAUCCCAACAGUGAGGAGGGAUGGAUGUCCUACAUGUCGGAGAUGUCCGUCUCCUGUCGCUCUGUCCACGUUCUCCUGCACUACUUUGUGGGUGCCAACCAGUUAUGGCUGCUGGUCGAAGGCCUCUACCUUCACGGGCUGCUGGAACCCACAGUGCUUCCCGGAAGGCGGCUGUGGCCCAGAUACCUGUUGUUGGGUUGGGCCUUACCAGUGCUGUUUGUGGUCCCCUGGGGCAUUGCUCGUGCACACCUGGAGAACACAAGGUGCUGGGCAGAGAACAGGAAUAUGAAUAUCUGGUGGAUCAUCCGAGGACCCAUACUGCUGUGUGUAACGGUCAAUUUCUUCAUCUUCCUGAAAAUCCUCAAGCUUCUCAUUUCUAAGCUCAAAGCCCACCAAAUGUGCUUCAGAGAUUAUAAGUACAGAUUGGCGAGGUCAACGCUGGUGCUGCUUCCUCUGUUGGGUGUUCAUGAGAUCGUCUUCAUGUUCGUCACUGAUGAUCAAGUUCGAGGACCUUCAAGACUGAUACGCCUCUACUUUCAGUUGCCAUUGAGCUCCUUCCAAGGAUUCCUCGUGGCCCUGCAGUAUUGCUUUGCCAAUGGAGAGGUGAAGGCCGAGCUGCGCAAGCACUGGGCCCGCUUCUGGCUGGCUCGCCACUCGGGCUGCAGAGCCUGGGUCCUGGGGAGGCACUUGCGCUUCCUGGGGACAUGUCCCAAGAAGCUCUCGGAGGGAGAAGGCACCGACACGCUUCGCACGUCGCAGUCCUCGCCCGACAGUUUGCACCCGGCUGCCCGGGGUCUGGGGCAGCUGGGUGCCCGGCCCCAUGGGGGCCACCCGCCCUGGCCCCGGGGCAGCAGCAGCCUGUCGGAGAGCAGCGAGGGGGACUUCACCCUGGCCAACACCAUGGAGGAGAUUCUGGAAGAGAGUGAGAUCUAGGAGGCCCGUGCCCCGGGGGACUCCUAGGAGGCCUAGGAUGGAGGCAGGGGGUGGGGGGACAGCUGAGCACAGAGCCAUCCCGUCCCCAUUCGCUGCACCCAUGUUGACGUCAGCUCUAUCUCAAGGUUCUAGGAGCUCUGUCUUACAGAGGCGGUGUGCCACUCACAGCCUCUGCCCACCCUCACCCUAGCAACCCCCGCCAGUUCUAUUUCCCAGAAGGGCUGCGGGCCUCUGGGCCUGGCCUGACGUUCAGGUGAUGAAGAGAGGUCUCCUGUUAAACAGAGGCCAGCCGGUACCCUUCCUUUUCCCACGCAUGGUAUGCGGUUUCCUUCUGAGGUUGGAUUUAGGGCCCAUAAGGAUUCCUCCACCCCCACCCCAGGAAGCUUUGAAAAUCCUAGACUCUACCAAGUGGAGACCCUAAGAAGGUGCAUCUGGGAUGACAGUCAGGAGGCGGGACUGUCAGGCCCCCCAGGUAAUCUGAUGCAAGCCCACCCCUGGAGGGCACGGGGCAUGGUGUGAAGGAGCCAGAAGCCCCCCUGGUGAGGCCCGUGGCAGGAUGGAGUGGGAGGCUCCACGUCAUAGCUGAGCCGCCAUGGAGACCCCCACUCACUUACCUGCUCCUCUCCCUUUCCCCUCUGGUCGAAUCUUGCCCCUCCCUCUCAAUUCUCUGUCCGUCGUGGUCCACACAAGCUCUGGUGGAGCCACAGCACCCCCAUCUUUGCUCUGAAGAUGGGCUCCGGCUGCCAGGGAUCCUCUGGAUGUUGUCCUCAGUCCUUCCUUGCCUCUCCUGCCUGCUGUUCUGAGCUGUGCUUUUGGGAGGCUCACUUGCUCCAUGAUCCCUGGGGUGAGGAAUACUCCUCCCUUUCUGGUUUGCUGUGGAUAUAUAGAGGACCACGGCACCUGCUCCAAGAGGCAAGUUUACCACUGCUCUCGUCCUGACCCGGUCCCUGCUGAUCAGAAUCCUAUUCCCUAGAUGGUCAGUAGAUGCUCAAAGCAGAAGGGGGCCCAGGUAAAGCAACAGGACUGUGGAUCUGGACACGCCGAGGAUGGCCCCAAGAGUCAGUCCCAUGGCCCCUCGCUGGGCUGGCCUGAUGGGGCAUCUCAGCUGUGCACCAGGCCCUGCCCUGUUGGAGCCGGAGCAGCGCCAGGCAACGGGGGUUAGACUUCAGGGACUGAAACUGUACAGCAAGAGGCCGAAGGAGGGACCAGGGGGAAGAAGGCUGUGGAAAGAGCGUGCAGGUGCACGGGAGUGCACAUUCGGGGUGUGUGACACGCACGUGCAGGUGGAUGGGGGAUGCUGCUGGGGACCACAUACCGCCUUAUCUUAGGGAGGAACAAUAGGAUACUUCUCCUAUAGGGGUGCCGGGUUUAGCAAACAGAAAUGGAAGGGACUCGAUUACCUGGGAACUUCAGCCAAAUGAAUAACCUUCCUGUGUUAAGUAAGUUUAAGUUCCAUGGCACAUCCUGCUGUCCUGGCAACUCUGGUCUCAAGGAAACCUUUGAGCGAGGCUAGGGCGAGGUGGGAGACCACGGAGGCACUGGUCUCUGAAAUAGUCAGCUCAAAAUAAUAUUUGAAUGCAAUAUUUAAAAAACCAAAUCCACACAUUGCACCACCGCACAGACCAUUUAGAACCAUAAUUUUUUUUUUUUUUUUUUUUUAUCAGGGCUGGGAUGAGGUGAGGCCAGAUCAUCCAGAUUUGGUUCCUGACUUUAUUGAGAAGGCAGAGGUUCUGCUCAUCUGGGUCUUUUUAAUAUGAAUUUUGAUUUCUAACUGAUUGCAUGAAAAUACAAUUUUUCUUGAUGUUGGAGCCUUUGGGUGCCCCCUGAAAAUCUGCACCCCGGUUGAGUGCCUCUCUUGCCUCACCUGGGUUCAGUCCUGGUUGGGAAGUUGGGAGCUGAAGUAGAUUCGCAAGCCCAGUGCAUAAAUGAAGCAGAGGUUUGGUUCUUGGUAUCGACAUGAUCCAAAAUGCAGUUGUUAAAGUCUGUGGCUUUUCCCUUUCUACAAAUGUGCUUGCCGUGGCUCCCAGAAAACCAGGCUGACCCGUGUGCCCAGCGUGUGCCCAGCACAGGGCUGGCUCCCACAGCGAGGGCUGGAUACACAUUCAUGAACAAGAUGGGACAGAGAUGUCUCUCGGGAGCAUCAGGGGCUGCCAGGCAUAAGUCAUCCAGGAUCUUGCCACUUACAGAGGAAAAUUAUUUUCCUUCUAAGCGUUUGUAAAUAUGUCCCCCACCCCUCAGUCCACGGACCGGAGUGUGUGUGUGGGGUGGGGGGCCUGUGUUCACAUGCACUGCUUGCUCUUGUACUGCUAAUGAUUAAAACAAGCUUAUUUAAGGUGACUGGCGUUUUGUUCAUUGACUUACACUGGUGUCUCAUGAGAGCUGAGGGGUUGGCUCACAGGCCUGGGAAAUCCAUUACAUGCUUCCUGGCCAAAGGUGGGAAAAAGAGAGCUGGGUAGCGCAUGGUCUAGAGGAGUGAGUGGGCCAGGAGCAGAGGUCAGAGGUCAAAGGACAGAAGGCAGGCGUCCCUCUUUUUCUAGAUCACCCAGAAAUGCCUGAAAGUCCAGCCUGCUGGUUCCCAGUCCCACGUGACCAUCCUGGGUGUCGCUCCCCCAUUCGCGGAGGAACGACACUAAACCCUGCGCUGUUCUUUUGUCUGCUCAGCCCUUCCCGGGUUUGCUGCUGGUCCUUCCCGGGUUGGCUGCUGACCCCUCCACCUCCGUGGAGGGGCAGCUCCCCCUGCCACUUUCCCCACUUCUGCGGGGGAGCGGCACACCGCCGGCCGGCUCUCUUGGGGGCUGCUCAGAUGUUAUCCGGAUGUUCCUGGUGCAUGUUGUCUCUCUCCUCCUUUAUAGUCCUCUUCCACCAAUCCCAACUCUGCUACCCACACGCUGAGCACGCUGCUCUCCUCCAAUCAGGAGCAGGAUCAGCUCCUGCAGCUUAUCAGUCAAGUUGGCGAGAGGCAGCUGCGUAGAAGUUGUUUACUCCCUUUCAGCACCAUAUUGUGGGAGAGCAGAUGCAUAGAAUAAGUCUUAAUUCCAGUAACUUAGUCUAGUCCGAGUUGCUCCCCACACUGGGGACACUGGAAAGACCCACGGUGGGGUCUGACUCCAGACAUUCUCAUUGGCUUAGACUGAAUGGUCUUGGGUAUUGGUGUUUUUAUAAGAUCCAGAGCGAUUUUUUUUAUUAUAGUAAAAUAUACAUGAAGUUGACCAUUCUAAGAGUAUAUGGUUCUGCGGUGUCACUUGCAUUCCCGUUGUGUGCAACCCUCCCCACCAUCUGUCUCUGGAGGUUUUGCGUCUUCCCCGGCUGGAACGCUGUCUCCACCAAUAGUAAUUCCCUCCUCCCCCUCCCCUCAGUCUCUCACAGCCAUGCUUCUACAUUCUGUCUCUAUGCAUUUGCCUCCCUUAUGUUUUUCCUUAAGUUUUAUUUAUUUAUUUUUAUUUGUAAAGCAUAGCGACAGAGAAAAGGAACACAGACCGUGAACGCUGGAGGCUGGGAAUGCAGUCCAGGACCCCGACCACUUGAGCUGCUGCCUCCCAGGACUUGCAUUCCCACGAAGCUGUAGCCAGGAGCACAAGUCAGGAGUUGAACCCAGGCAUUCCAGUGUGGGAAGCAGGCUUCUAUAUGAGAGGCUAAAGGCCUUCUCCUUUAAUUGGCCUGUUUUAGCUAAGUCCUAUGAGUGAACUCCUACAGUUUCUGUCCCCUUGUGAUUGACUUACUUAGCACGAUGUCCUCAAGCUUCGUCUCCGCUGUGGUACCUGUUGGGGUGACCUUCCUCUUCCUGGCUGUUGAAUGAUAGCCCAUUGUUUGGCUGGAGCACAUUUUGCGUAUCCAUCCCUCUGGCAAUGGACGCUAGGUUGUUUCUACCCUUUGGCCACUGUGAAUAAUGCCGCUGUGGAUGGGGGCAUACAAACCCUUGUUGGAGCGCCUGCUGUCGACUUUGGAACUGGAAUUCCGUGGGUAGCAUAUUGAGGAAGCGUCCAGCGAUUUUCCACAGCAGUCACCCCCACCUUCCAUUCCCACCAGCUAUGCAUGUGCGUUCCUGUCUCUCUGCACCCUUGCCAACAUGUAGUUUCCAACUUUUUACUCCCGCCGUCCUGAUGGCUGUGAAAUAGUGUCUCAUGGUGGUUUUGUCAUCAGCGUUUCCCUAACGGCUAAUGACAUGGAGCAGCUUUCCAUGUGCUUGCUCAUUGAUGAUUUGCAUACUUCCUUUUGAAAAAUAUCUAUAAGUCUUUAACCACUUUUAAACUGGAAUAUGGGGCCUGCAUCAUGGCAUAGUGGGCUACACUGCUGCCUGCAGCACUGGCAUCCCAUAUGGGCGCUGGUUCAAGUCCUGUCUGGCCUGCUUCUGAUCCCAUAUCAAAACCAUCCAAAUGAUUUUAACACGUGAACGAAGCCAGGAAGAAGGGAAGGAGGUGCGGCUUUCCUUGGCAACAUGUACAUGCUGAAGUCUAGGUAGACUGAGUCUCCCACCUAAAUGUGCAGCCUUCAGAACUUAGAAGUCCUUCCCUAGGAACACACUCUACGUGCUGGCCAGCGUCGGUGGGGUCGGCUUGGUUUUGUGGUUUCCGUGGGUGGUCAUCCCCCCAGGAGCCUUUGAGGCUGAGGCGCAAACCUCUCUGGGCCUAUCUGAUAGGCUUGGGUAACCACCAAGGGACAGAAAUGGAGGGGGAGAGGCAGGUGCUUAGGACACCUGCAUCCCGUAUCAGAGUGCCAGGGUUCGAGUCCUGGUUCAGCUUUUGAUUCUAUCUUGCUGCCGGUGUGUACUCCGGAGGCAGCAGGAGGUGGCGGCUCCAGCACUGGGGUCCCUGCCACCCAAGUGGGGAUCCAGAUUGAGAUCAGGGCUCCUGCCUUCAGCCUGGCCCUGCCCUGGCUGUUCUGGGUCUUUGGGGAG